AUGGCAGGAUACACGAACAAAUUCUUCAAGUACUGGUACAACUCCUCCACAAUUGAAGACUACCUAACCAUACUCACCAAUGAAAAUCCAACAUCACAUUUCUUCAGUGUAGACUUUCUUAAAAAAUACUGCGAGGAAGGAUUUAAAGGUACUGUAAGAUGGGUCAAAAAACCCAUCCUGGACAUGAACUCCAUAUUGUUUCCCAUAAACGUGGGAAAUCACUGGAUCAUUAUUGUGGUAUACCUUAAAAGCAAAGCGGUGGUUUGCUAUGAUGGCAAACAUAGGAACCACCAACACAUAUUAUCUAAGAUCAAGACAUUCUUAACAGAUUGGGAAAACCAUUCGGGUGUCCAGCCUUCGGCUUGGUGGACAUUACAUGGGACCACACCAACACAAUACAACAACGACGACUGUGGGCCAUGGAUUCUAGCCAUAGCCAAGUGCGUGGCACUCGUCGAACCAAUCUGUUUUACAGAAAAGGACAUACCACAAUUAAGAUUGCAACAAUAUCAGAGCAUCAUGUCCAAUACAAUGCAACUCACCACACCGACACCCAGGACAACACCAUACAUUACAAUGCAACUCACUACACCGCCACCCAAAACAACACCAAUCAAUACGACUCAAUCCGACACACCGCCUCCCAGGACAAUACAAUUAAAUGAAAUCCAAUCCACGACAACCGCCACUACAGACGAGGUCACCACUCAAAUCCCGCCCACAAUCACAGCCAUAACACCAGCACCGACGAUACCACACCCAACCAAUUCCACAGAAAAUCACAAAACAAGGAACAAACUCUAUGUAAGUAAAAACACCAAAAGACGCAACCGACUUUAUAUAAAAAUUCUCCACGAACACAAUGUAAAAUCACAUCACACCCAACUUUUGCAUUAUAUACGUAUAUAA